AUGGCAAAAGGAAUCGAGCGGCAAGAGGCGAAAAAAAUGCACUCCUCGGGGAAAGAAAAUACUAAUUACAAAACAGCCGGUAAUAAAAUUAUGCCAAACUCGGUAGCCUCCUUAUGGAGUCGCGGAUCAAUGCUAUCUGCAACAGUAGGAACAAAGCAGCAUGGGUUGUUGCUGCUGCUAUUCAACGCCAUCUCGCUCUAUAUAGGGUUCGCAUCGAAAGUAAACGUUCAUUCACAAAAUGCGUACAGCGAUAAUUCAGUACUUGACCUUUCGGCGGACUCAACAUGCGAAUUCGAUGAAAUUCAAUUGGCAUCCGAUGGUACGAUCGCACAAUGGGGACUGGCGCACGGCUCACGUAUCACUCCAAAUGUGACUGUCAAUGGCUCUGUGAUGCCGAAUGACUACAACUUUUACCAUCUUUGUGUGGGGCGCCAAGAACACGAGCAUCUUAUAUUGGUGGAGCUGCUGUGUGACACAGGCGAUAUGGCGAACGACGGUGACGCUAAUUUGUACCUCUCCGGCGAGGUCAAGUACCCACGCAUAGGGCACUCUACGUGGAUUGCGCAGCGUCAUGGCAACGAGAAGAUUAAAAUUUACACGUAUCUUGAUGGGUUCCCGCGGAACGACGAGCAUGGUGGUCGCCGCUGGUUGUCGCUUCAUAUCAGUGUAUUUGGAGCUGGUCAGGUAAGUACAAGUUAUGCGUUAGCCAUUACAGUAUCAGAUCUCCCCACUACACCUGACUUGUCGUCAAGACAAGCAUUUUACACAAAGCAACGUAUACUCGACCGAAAAGAGAGUUUACGCCAUCGUUCGCCUGAAUAA